ACUUAACGGCGUUUUCCGCUGAUGAAAGUAGUGCUGCGCCAUACUUUGCGAAGUCAGCCGUUUACGGUGUCCGCUCCUCGUCUCAAAGUAUGGAUAUAUUCAGCGACUCUGACUCAUACGACAGGACCCCGGACCACCGGUCACGGCGGCGUGAAGCCCACCGCAGACCUGGCCGGGAGAGGGCCAGAGGCAACGGGAGAGAAAUCGACGGGCGAACCGUAGACAUCUCGGAGAAAAUCAGCACUCUUGCAAACACCUUACAGGACACCAGCAGGAACUUGACCAAAGUAGACAAGAUGCUGGGUCAGUACAGGGAGCACACAGACGACCAGGCUGAAGCCAUGGCACUGCUUAGGGAGAACCUAGAGGAGUCAAUCAGCCAGCUGCAGACACAGAGGCGAUCCAACAGGGUUCGGAGCUCCUCAGCCUCCACGCUGCAUACCAGCGACCUGGAAGCUUCCUCAGGAUCAGAAGGCCAGCGUUUCUACCCCACUUCUCCACUUAAGGAUUACACGAGCCCUCCAGGAAGGAGGAGGAGGUCUCAAUCUGCCAAUGUUCGCUUCAAGGAAACAAGCCUGGAAGGAGAUGGUAUUCAUACCCUGCACCAGUCCAUGAGGGAUCUGCGUUGUGACCAGCAGAGGCUGUCUGAUGACCUGGAUAGAGAAAUCCUCCGGAGGAACCGGGCUGAUAUUGACACCAGGCGGGCGAUGGAAAGCCUCACAGAGCACAUGACAGCUUCCCUGAGACAGGACUCAACUUUAGGGAGAUGCCAAAUUGGAGCCAGUGAAAGAGAGGAGAAGAUGGCAGCCAGGCUGCUCAAAGCAGACAGGGAGAAAUCCAAGAUGGGGCAGGAACUAGACAGAGCCAGAAGAUUGCUGGAACAGUCAGAAGAUAGCAGAGAGUCCCUCGUUCAACAGGUGGAGGACAUGCGCUGUGAGCUGCAAAGGACAAGGGAGGAGAAGACGGGGCAUGAGAGGGCACGGCUGGAGACUUCUCGGCCCAGUGCUCAGCCACAUGGCAGCUAUGCUGACAAGGAUGGUGGAAGAGAUCGCUCAGACCUGGAAAAGGAAGUGGCAGAACUGCGCGUUCAGCUGUGCAAAGCCUCGGUCCGUGGUGAAGUCGAAGAACUGAAGAGGGCUCUGGACUGUAAAGAGAGGGAGAGGGUCCAGCUCAGCUUACAGUUGAAGGAAUUAUCGUCAGACCUGGCGGUGCGAGAACAACAGCAGCAGCGAAUGCUGGAACAGCUGAGGGACAUACAGAGCCGAGGGCAAGCAGAGAGGAGAGAGACGGAGGCAUUACUCCUCGAGAGCACAAGGAGCAGAGAUGAAUUGAAGACCAGAGCCCAAGAGGCUGUGCGCCAGUGGAGGGCAAAGUGCAGGAGACUGCAGAAGGAGCUGGAGGAGGCGAGGGCUCGGGCUCAAUUUCAUACUGACAAGGCCUCACAGGCAGCCAGGGAAAAGGAAAACUCUCAAGCCCAGCUGAAGGCGCUGAGCCAGCAGACUGAAGCAGCCCGCAGGGAGCUCGCUGAAAUCCUAGGCCGCUUGGCCCAACGCGAAGAGGAGCUCCACCGCAAGGACAUGGAGCUGUCGGAGACACACCAGCGCCAGUUGUCACUGCAGCAGGAAAUCCGGGAGGUGAGGGAGGCCUCAGCCACCCUCGAGGAUGAGACUCGGCGUCAGGCCGCCGUCCGAGCAAGACUGAAAGAAGAGAACCAGAGGGUGCAAGAACAAGCUGACACCCAAGCUCGCCGUUUUCAGAGGGACCAGGACGCACACGCUGAGCUCCAGGCUGCCCUGAAGCAGAUGACUGCAGCCCACGCCCAGCUCGCCCAGCGGUCGUCUGAAGAGGAGAACUGCAGGAAGGAGCUCCAAAAGAGCACAUCAGAGCUUCAGGCCAAGCUGACAGCGCUACAGGAAGAACGGACUGUGCUCAGCAAGCAGCUGCAGCUCGAGAGAGAGGUGCAUCAGAAGGAGCUAGGCGGCUUGAAGGCCACAAUGGAGGACAGCAAUGCAAAGAAGGCUCGUGAGGUGCAGGACAUGCUGCAGGUCUGCUGUCAGGAGCGAGACGAAACACGGGCACAAAUGAGAGAGCUGAAGGCAGAUGCAGCGUCAGACAAAGAGCUGUGUGGGGCGCUGCGCAUCAAGUUGGACAGGAUGAAGGAUGAAUGUGAUAAGCUGGCAGCACAGCUGAGCACAAAAGAGGAGGCGCAUGCACUUCUCCACAGAAAAUACCAGCUACUCAAACAGGAAGUGGAAGACAAAGUCAGGUCAGCCGAGCGGAGACGUGUUUCGGAGUCGGAACUUGUUAAGUUGGAGCAGAAGGUGUUGGAAAUGGAAUCGGAGCAAGAGGCAGUCCUUACAUCUUUGGGCGAGGAACUAGACGCAGCCUGUCGCAGCCUGGCUAGGAACGGCGAAGACAAGCUCCAGGCAAUUUCUCAGAGACCUGAACUGGUGAAGGACUCGCACCGCUGGCUGGCUGAGACGAAGACCAAGCUGCGCUGGCUGUGUGAGGAGGUGCGUGAGCGCGACACUAGAGAACAGCGCCUGAGGAGGCAACAUCAGCAGACCAGGGAUCAGUUGAAGGCCCUCAGGCAAAGCCGCGACUCAGAGCAGAGAGCUCUCCUGCAGCGCCUGGACCAACAGGAGAAGCUGAUGCACUCGCUCAGCACUGAAAAGAAAGAGCUGCUGGAGAGAAGUCGCAAGAAAGAGGAGGAAAUGAGCAGCCUUCAGGACCGUGUUUUGGAUCUGGAGCUGAAUACAAGAGUAGCCCUGGAUCACUUGGAGUCUAUUCCAGAAAAACAGCUUCUUAUGGAGAACUUCAGAGAUUUGGAGAGUGUAUGCACCGAUGCCAUCCUCAGGCUCACUACGACUAUAAAUCUCUUGAAGGUUUCUUUCCCCUUCCACCCAAAGAGCUGUUGUGUGCGUUUGGUUUUGUUUGUUGUAAAUCUGGUGUGUAGCCUACAUUCUCGUUACCAUUUCCUCCUCUUCCAGCACGAGAAGUUGGAUGCCACUUCCAGGAGCCUCAAACUGGCUGCUCUUUCUUCCACUAUCAAAGGCUCCGGCACGUUCCUUAGCAGCUCGCUGAGAUCUGACACACUGUCGCCUCUCAAACGCCUGACCACUUCAGACCUGGACGACUCCAGAGUCGACGGGGCCAAACCUCUCGCAGAUUAGUUCAACCUUUAGCAAACCUUUAUCUAUCUCUACAAACACACACACACACCGACUCUACCUGCUGGUGCUCAUCCAGAGCGAAACGUAGUGAGAGGCCUUGCACUUGACACUAAUCCUCCACGACUACCUCAGCCAGGCAGUCGGCGAAUGUGCUCGGGACCGAGACUGUGACAUUUUAUUAGAGCAAAACUUUAAGAAACACUUUAAAACAUGAGCUAAAUAUCUGCACGCUGUAAAGAGUUUAACUGUUAUUUAUAAUCAUGAAUGUAUAUCAAAGCAAAACGGUUUCACUGUUCCGUGUUCUUGUCUUGUUCUAGAUAUGGUUAAAUGUCUGUUCUGCUCUUAUCAUCAUGUGUUUCUGCUAAAAGACAAACUCCAUAAAUGAACUCGCAGUGCCUUCUGAACAAUAUGCAGUUUUUUUAAACUAGCGCGAUGUGACAAAUGUUUUUGUGUGUGCGUUUCCAUCCAACGACUGAGAAACUCUUUCUAUGUUUUGUAUACUGCAGUAUUUAUAUUUGUAAGAAAGAAGGAAACGAGCACAGUUAGGUGGUUAUUUUUGUCAUGAAAUAUGAAGGAAGUGUAUGCACUGUGAAUAAAUCUGCAUGGAGCUAAAUGUCUAGUUUUCUAUGCACACUUGAUGUCCCCUUCAUUUCAGACUGAAGUGUUUGCUUUGCAGCAGCUGAGAGACUCCAGCUACUCCCAGCGGUAUCUUUUGCUUUCAGCUGAAAUCCUUCAGAGGGACAACCUAAAGCCACACACGAGAGGAACGUCCUUUUAAUUUACUGCUCGGCUGUUAAGGCAGAAAUACAGUCCCCGGUGCGUGAAUAUUAAAAAAUGUUUACAUAAUCUUUGU